ACAGCAGUGCAUUUUGGAAGAAACAAAGAUGGCGGAUGAGAGUGGUUCGAAAGAUGCGAAGAAAAAUACAUUAUCUGAGAAACCAGUUGUUCCUCGCAAUCCGACCGAAAUACAGAGGAUGAAGUUAGAGAAGCUUUGGAAGGAUCCUGAUAAAACAGUUUCAAUUCCUGAUCGACCAAAGGAGUGGAAACCAUCAGAUGCACCUGAAUUUAUUCGAUUUGUUAUGGGUUCAAGUGCUGGGGCUGGUAGUGGAGAAUUUCAUGUUUAUCGUGCAACAAGAAGAAGAGAAUACAACCGAACUGCCUACAUUGAAAAGAAAGCAGAAGAGCAUGAACUCGAUGAAAGUUUUCAUAAAAAGCUUGAAGAAAACCAAAAUAAGGCAGAUGAAAAAACAGCAAAGAAGAGAGCCAAGAGGCAAAAAAAGAAACAGCGAAAGCUAAAUGCAAAAAGGAAAAAAGAUGAGAAAGAAAGGGAUGAUGAUAAUAAAAUUCAUGCCAGUAGCAGUGAUGAUGAUGACCAGGAGGAAGAAAAUGAGCCACACUUUGUUAUAGGAGGAAAGUAAAGUUAGAAGUUGAUAUGUGGCAAAGAUCAACAUGUUACUUCUUCUUAGUGACUAUGUCUUUUUCCAAGCUAUUCAUCCACUCACAGUAAACAAUCUUUAAAAAGUGGAGACUGGAAAGUGCUAUGGUUUAAUUCAGAUGUUAUGCAAGGUGCAUGAAUACACAACGGGAGACAUGUCUACUUCAGUCAUUGUCAAACUGACAACCAACCGCAAGAAAUAGAUAGACUAUCAAAGGGAACAAUUUACGGCCAGUGAUUGCUGUACUAGCUAUUGCAUUUAUUAGCAAUACCUAACUUGUUAUCAGUUGACUGUUGUUGAAUUAGGGAAGGGGUCAGUGUGCAGGUACCCAGAUACUGACAUUAAUCCCAGAACUUUAUGCAACGCUCUUGGAGAAAGGAGCUGAAAGGAACUUUUAUUUUGACUGUAACAAAAAUAAAAGCUACCAAGUUUUAAAGAUGGAGGUUCGUAGACAUAAACUGGAUUGCAAUGUCACUUGACUGUAUUAAAUAAAGAAACUUUGCACUGCAACUUCAUUCAAAAUGUCAUGAUAAUGCCUUCUUAAGAAAGAGAAGAACUGUUUCUUUCUUUUGAGCUGUUAUUUUCAUGUCUUUUAACACUUCUAAAGUGACAGAAAGGUACAGUUGUCCAAUAAACAACACCUACAUUAGCAUA